AUGUCUGAACAAUUCAUUAGUAUUACACAAUUACUUGAUACAUUUCAAGUAUUUGAUAAAAAUAAAGAUGGUUCUAUUAGUUCUAGUGAACUUCGAUCAGUAUGUCAAAAAUUACAUAUGCCAAUUAAUGAAACAAAAAUGAAAGAAUUAUUUCACAAUCGUUCUAAUAUAUCAUUUGAUGAAUUUUGUAUUAUAAUGCAAGAGUAUGGUCAAUAUGCAUAUGAUGCUUAUUUUCAAGAAACAUUUCGUGCAUUUGAUAGAAAUUCUGAUGGAUUUAUAACAGCUAAAGAAAUAAAAAAAACUAUGAAAGAUCUUGGUGAAUCAUUAACUGAUAAACAAGCUAAAGAAAUGCUUAAAACAGCUGACGUAAAUGGCGAUGGAAAAUUAUCUCAAGAAGAAUUUCGUAUUCUAUUUAAUUAUAUAACACAACAUACAAGAACUCCACCAUUAACACCAAUUCCUGAAAAAAAACGAACAUUAGACAGUCCAUUUAAAACACAAGUUGAUUAA